UACUCUUCAUACAAAUGGCUCUAUUGUGCCUUGUGAAUGCCAUACCAGAGGAGGACUUGUCAAUUAUAAGGCAGCUGGAACUGCUGAGUAAUAAAACCUACAAUUUGAUAGUGCAGAACAAAAUAGAAUUCUACACAUAUGCAGCAAAAUUAGUUGUUGAUUGUAAGGCAGUGAAUGCGACGGAACUAAAAAGGUGGCAGCACUGGCUUGAUCUGUCGGACGCUGAGAAGAUUAUUAUGACGGAAAAAGCGAUAGCAAAAUUCGUAGAUAGUAUGAAAAGUCUUCAAAAAAUUCCGUAUGAUAACUAUAUUCCCGAUGACGAACUGGAAUUCAGUCUGAAUACACUUACAAAUUAUGCUUAUUGGCGUACACUAAAUGAUUAUCAAUAUAGAAAUCGAGAAAUUCUAGAGUCCUUCAGGAAUGAAACCGGUCCUAAGAUAAAGGAGGUGACCAAUACUACAAGACAAUCUAAUAAAGUUUUCUUUAAAUUCUUCGAUAUCUUUUUGGAAAGGGGACAAGAAAAUCUGUUCAUGUAUUUACAAUCUAAGGCCAUUAGAUACGAAGAUAGAGUUCUCUUCUUUGAAGUUUUUCAUUUGGCACAGAAGAUAAUUCAACCCUUCGAUAGAAAAUACAUGUAUUACAUUAAGAAUCAAGUAGAAGCAAUGAUAUCUUGUGAAGUCGUCAAUCAAACAGAUAUGAGUAACUUGAAGUAUUUGCACGGUCUGAUUAAAGAAAAGAUUAAGACUUUAGUAGAUUUUGAAUUUUUGAUAAUUUUUAAUGCAAUUUCAAGCAAUUUGCCACAAUUUGAUCAUAGAGAAAAUGGAGAGGAAUUUGUAAAAUGCCUAGCAAAUGCUACUCCCAGAUAUCUUAACAAACUUAUAGCCAAAAUUGGUCUGGAAUUUCUGAAUAGGCUGGACAAUUUUAUCAAAGAGGCCGAGCCAAAGUUGUGUCAAGUGAGCAACAUUACAAAGCAACUUAAUAAAAGAAUUUUCGACGAUUUUGCAGACCUUUCAAAUCCGGAUAACCGUUGGAAUGGAUUAAGGAGCUUAAUUAAAGGCAUUUCAUUCGUGAUUCCCUAAGACUCAGGUGGUAUUGUGUCCGCAUAUAUUUUUUUGCAAUUAAAAACUUUAACUAUUUUAAUUUCUAAAUAUUUAA